AUGGCGACGACAAGGACAUCUCUGGAAGCCCAGGAACAAGACAAGCGUCUUGAAUCAGCCAAAAGGCUGCAACUCCAACUAGAACAAGCCGAUUUACGACUGGAAAAGCAUAACAAGGAUUUUUCGACAUAUCGACUUCAAACCGACGAUUUGGAGGAUGGAGAGGACCUGAGUCUGAAGGACCCGGCAAUUGUAGCUACAGAUGUCUCUGAGCAAAUAUCUUUCCUACGGAAACUCAAGUUCCAAUACCUGGAGCAAAACGCGAAGGAUAAAUACGUGAAAUCGAUCGUUAGUGACAUCGACGAUGCGCCUAUCGUCACCGCGGACGAUAACAGGGAACUUGCUGCCUUGAAUGAGGAAAAGAAGGCCAAACUGAAGGUGGCGAAGGAGGCUUUGGCUGAGGUGCAACACAAUGUCCGCACAUUAGCGCCCAUGGUGGAGGAAGACUACAUUCGCGUCAAGCAAGCAACGGAACGCGCCAAUUUCCUUGCUCAGAAGAUCCUGGAUGCUCGGCUGGCCUUGCUGCGACUGCGUCAGACCCAUCCACAUCCACGACUUACGAUCACUACGGCCGAACAGAAACUUGCAGAUCAAGUAACCGAGAUGCAGGAACUGAGCGAUCAGGUGGAUGCCGUGAAGAAAGAGGUGAAAGUUGUGAAGGAGAAGGUGAAGACUGGUGCAUUGGAGGUAGAGAAACUGCGCAUUCAGCAAACAGAGUCGGAGAGGAUGAUGGAAGCCUUGCACUUGGAGGACGACGACAACCGUUUGGUGCCAUUAUACGACUGGUACACAGCAUCGCUACAUUUGCAUCGGUCAAUAUUCAACCUCGAGGAGUCGGACUCGGUUUCAGAAAACGAGCUACGGCUGACAUACCGGCUGACAGAGUCAGCGACCGCUACUGUCGUUCUCAUCUUCGCGCCAGAUACAAGGGAGCUAGCGGGAGUGGAGACUGUUGGCUUCGAAGAGGUUGGGGUGGACACGACAGAUAUCAUCGAGCAGCACAUUCAGACCAACGAUCCGGCCGGCCUUAUCGCCCUUCUGCUAUCGAGAGCUCGUGCAGCACUGGACGGAGACACUUGA